CAAGCUGGAGGACAGGACCGGAGCAGGGCCCCAAGCCCCCGGGCCUGGCGGGGGACACGCUUCUCCCCACACACUGUGCCGCAGCAGCUCCAGCCAGCGGUCCCAACGGCGGAGAGGAGAAGAUGGGGAGCCCUGAGGACGACCUCAUUGGGAUUCCAUUCCCGGACCACAGCAGUGAGCUCCUGAGCUGCCUCAACGAGCAGCGCCAGCUGGGCCACCUAUGCGACCUCACCAUCCGGACGCAGGGCCUUGAAUACCGGACCCACCGGGCUGUGCUGGCUGCUUGCAGCCACUACUUCAAGAAGCUCUUCACUGAGGGCGGUGGUGCGGUCAUGGGCGGUGGGGGUGGGGGUGGAAGCGGCGGGACAGCCCUUGCGGGAGCAGGGGCUGGUGUGUGUGAGCUGGACUUUGUGGGGCCAGAGGCUCUGGGCGCCCUGCUCGAGUUUGCCUAUACAGCCACACUGACCACCAGCAGCGCCAACAUGCCGGCUGUGCUCCAGGCCGCCCAGCUGCUGGAGAUCCCCUGUGUCAUCGCCGCCUGCAUGGAGAUUUUGCAGGGCAGCGGACUAGAAGCUCCUAGCCCUGACGAGGAUAACUGUGAGCGAGCUCGCCAGUACCUGGAGGCCUUUGCCACUGCCACAGCCUCAGGAGUUCCCAACGGUGAAGACAGCUCACCACAGGUGCCCCUCCCACCGCCACCACCGCCACCACCACCACCUCGACCUGUUGCUCGUCGCAGCCGCAAGCCCCGAAAAGCUUUCCUGCAGACCAAGGGGGCCCGGGCGAACCACCUAGUACCUGAGGUGCCUGCAGUACCCACCCAUCCUUUGACCUACGAGGAAGAGGAGGUGGCAGGCAAAGUGGGCAGCAGUGGGGGCAGUGGGCUGGGAGACAGUUACAGCCCUCCCACAGGGACUGCCUCACCCCCUGAGGGGCCCCUGAGCUAUGAGCCCUAUGAAGGUGAGGAAGAGGAGGAAGAGCUGGUAUACCCUCCGGCCUACAGGCUGGCACAGGUCGGUGGGCCCCCGCUGUCCCCAGAGGAGCUGGGCUCAGAUGAGGAUGCCAUCGAUCCUGACCUGAUGGCCUACCUAAGUUCCCUGCACCAGGAUGCCCUGGCACCAGGCCUGGACAGCCAAGACAAACUGGUGCGCAAACGCCGCUCCCAGAUGCCCCAGGAGUGCCCCGUCUGCCACAAGAUCAUCCAUGGGGCAGGCAAACUACCACGGCACAUGAGGACCCAUACGGGCGAGAAGCCCUUUGCCUGUGAGGUCUGCGGUGUCCGCUUUACCCGGAAUGACAAGCUGAAGAUCCACAUGAGGAAGCACACUGGAGAGCGCCCCUACUCGUGCCCGCACUGCCCCGCCCGCUUCCUGCACAGCUACGACCUCAAGAACCACAUGCACCUGCACACGGGGGACCGGCCCUAUGAGUGCCACCUGUGCCACAAGGCCUUUGCCAAGGAGGACCACCUGCAGCGCCACCUCAAGGGCCAGAACUGCCUGGAAGUGCGCACCCGGCGGCGCCGCAAGGACGAUGCACCACCCCACUACCCACCACCCUCUGCCACCACCCCAUCCUCUGCUGGCCUCGACCUCUCCAAUGGCCACUUGGACACCUUCCGCCUCUCUCUGGCCCGAUUCUGGGAGCAGUCAGCCCCAACUGGGCCCCCAGUCUCCACUCCGGGGCCCCCUGAUGAGGAGGAGGAGGAGGGGGCACCCACCACUCCUCAGGCGGAAGGUGCCAUGGAGUCCUCUUAAAGAGGGUUGAGUGGCCAGGCUGGAGCAGCACAGAGUGGGGCCACCCAUGCCAAGCAGUGGGAGCCUCCAGGACAGAUAGAGCUGGGGUCAGAGCACUGAGCUUCCGGCAUCAGAAAUCAUCCCCUUUUCCCCAGAGCCCUCAUUCCAGUUCCAAGCUGAGAAGGUUUGGGAGCAAAAGCUCCCCAGAUUGGGGUGAUCUCCCAAGGAGUGAUCCAUAUAGUAUGUAUAUAUUUACAGCUCUAUUGUAAAGGUGAGGUCCCUGUCCCCAGCUGUGCCUGGGGAGUAGAAGCAAUAAUGUAUUUCUGAUUUGUGGGGUUCCUCUUAAGCUAUGCGGGUUUCUAGGGGGUGGGGGGCUUGGGACCAAAGCCUUGCCCUGCUCCCAUGCCCCUUGGGGCUUUGUCUGUGUAAGGGGGUGAAGGACUGCCCCUCCCUUCCUAGACCCCUCCCUCCUAGUUUCUGUUCCCUUUUCCUGGCAGUGCAAAGGGGGGCGGCAAAAGAAGGGGAGAUGGGGGAAAGCAAGGUAGAAGCUUAAAAGACGGGGGAGGGGGGGACUGGGCCUGUAAGGAAGGAGCCAUCCGAGUCCCCCUCCGCCCUGCUCCCAGCGCUGAGUCAUGGGGUCCUGGAGAAGAAGGGGGCGGGGUGGCCUGAUUGGCUCGCCUGGCCCUGGGGGCAGCGGGAAGGGCCCGCCCAGCGAGGGGUGCUGCUCCGCAGAUCCCAGUCCUCCCCUCCCCUCCCGCGUCCUCGGGCAGGGAAUGUCUUGUUCCCGCCGCUCCCUCCCCGGGGCCAGAGGGCAGGGCGGGCCGGGCUGUGUCCUACCCUCUUCUCCUCCUCCCCACCUCCUCCCCGCCCAGGUGCGAGCCGCUGCCGCCCCUGACUCACGCCGCCCCCGGGCUGGCGCGGCGCUGGGUGUGGGCCGGGGUGACGGCUUCGGGGAGCCUGCGGAGAGCGGGCGAGCCGGCGCCAUCUGGCGGCCGUGCCCUCGCGGGCGAGCGCCCCCGGCGGCCGCUUUCCUUCCUCACCUCGACCAUGCGGCUGGCGCGCCGCCCUUCCCGAGGCAGGGCUAAUCACUUCUUGCUGGGCCGCGGGAAAGCGGGCUGUGGAGCUGUGGGAAGGGAGGCCCUUCCCCGAACCCCGCCAGCCAGGCUCCCUUUGGGUCGGAGAGAAGAAUCCCUCACUCUUCUAAGAUGAAAUCUGCCCCCUUCUGUACAUAGCCUCUUCUGUUGGUCUUGUUGAAAUCUAGUUUCAGAUUUUUAACUACCCGAUUCUGCUGGGGGUGGGGUAUCUCCCCUCCCCUUCCUCGCUGGGUGCUGGACCCCCGUUUCGGCCUGGGCUGUGCCUUGCACUAUUUUAACCCCCUGGCCUGGCGGCCCCUCCCCCUCCUUAAAAGGGGCAGGUUCAGGGGCCAGGUGCUCUCCCUCCCAUGCACCCCCAUGCCCAUUUGCACAGCUGCCCAGGUACCCCUAAUGGGGGGGGUCACAGGGAGAGGGGUAGUGGGACCAGUCCCUGUAUCUAUUUAAAAAGUGAUGAUGUAAUAUAUUGGGGUGGGGGAGGUCGGGUUGCCUUGGGCCUCAUCUUAGCAUUUCAGGUGAUAGGGGAACCCAAGCUUGGGGAGACCUGGGGCCUAUCCCCAGGGAGUGAGGACAAUGUGGCCUCCCCCCUCCCUCCUUGCGGCUUCUCCACUCAGUGCCUUAGUGGGGGAGGCGACCCCCCUCUCCUGUUCCCUUCCCCUCCCCUUAUUUCCCACCUCUGGUGUAAGUGACAGGAAGAAAUAAUAAUAAUUUAAGAUUCACACUGUCCACCUUUGGUUCCUUUAUUUUGGGGUUGGUGGGAGGAAUCAGGAAGAGAGGGAGAUGAGAGACAAGGCCUGGAGUUCCAAAGCUGGGGAGUGGCUGCUUUGGGGACAGAGGACUUCAGAGGUGGUCACUGGGGCUGAGAGGGCUUGAGAAUGCUAACAGUUGGAGCUCAGGUAGGGGCUAUGGCCUGUGCUUCCUCUGUCAAGGGCUUUCCUCAUCCAGGUCACUAGUGAGGUAAGAAAGGGGGUGGCCCAGUUUGUCACCAACAUUCUCUUCUCACAGGUACAUUCCUGCCCCUGUCCCAUGUAUUCAGAUUUGCCUCCUGUUAUGCACCAGCCCCCGCUGCUCUUGCAGGCACCCAGGCACACCAGCCCACAGCUGUGGACAUCUGAUUUCAGGCUGAUGCUGAGGACCCGCGGGCAAUGACUUGCCCAAGGUCACAUGUCUAGUGAGGGCAGAACCAGUAAUAACCUCAUGAUAA